AUGGCGCCAAGUAAGGUCCUAAGAUGGUUUGGCAAGUCCAAGAAUGAAGAGGCUAACAUCGAAUACGCAAAAGUCAUUCCUCGUAAACCUCAUAAAAUUUCCUGGGUGAAAUCGCAUGAAACCGAAGAACGCGAAAUCAGAUACAAUAACCUUGGUAGAGUUUCUGCAAACUAUCGAGCAGAAUUCGACCUCAUAGAAUGGAAGAAACACAUAUCUCAAAUUCCUCCCUCUCCAACGAAGCAACUACAAAUAAAUAACCAUUCUCGGAAUAGUGCAGCAAAUCUGAGGAGGUUUGGGUUAGUAGAGCCUUUGGUUAAUGAUGGAAUGAAUAAGAGGAAUUUGCUACUUUUUAGUAGAUUUGAGGACAGACGAAAUACCGCACCAGCGAGACUCGAAUAUGUUAGGAAGAUAGAAGAGCCAUUCACUAUAGACGAAAACAAACCAAAAAAAGACACUAACGAAUCAUCUGGGAUAACAAAGAAAAACUUGCAACUAUCGUCAGUCAAGUGUCCGACAUGCGAGGGUCCGAUGGUGGAUUUCGGUUAUUACAUGCAAUGGUGUUCUCCAUGUCAAUCCAAGAUUUUUGAGGAAAAAUUUGGAACUUGGACGAGCGGAAAUGAUCAUAUCGAUUCGUUAAUAUUGGAAAGUCAACUUGCUUCAGAGAGCAGAUUCAAUUAUCUAGAGUGGAUACCCUACGAUAGGUUUAAGGAUCUAACGUAUAUUGGAUCGGGAGGUUUUGGAAGUGUAUAUCAUGCGUUAUGGUUAGACGGGCCAUGUGAAAAAUGGGAUCAGGAGAAAUUACAAUAUGUAAGGUGCGGGCAAUGGAAAGUGGCAUUGAAAAGCUUCAAUAACUCAAUGAACGUGGACUUUGAAUUUUUCAAUGAAUUAGGUAAUCUACUCUGCACCGAGAACAACAGUGGAGUCUUCAUUUCCCGGUGUCAUGGCAUCACCCAGAACCCAAAGACCAAAAAUUACAUGCUAGUAACUCAAUACGCAAAACAUGGAAACAUUCGAACCUAUUACCAACAAAACUUCAAGACAUUUACCUGGAAAAAACGAUUGGAUAUAUUAUACGGAAUAGCUGUCGGGCUCAUGAGAUUACAUCAGAAUAACUUAAUGCAUAAGAAUUUGCAUAGUGGUAAUGUAUUGGUACAUUUUUCCAAAAUUUUGCUGGGAGAUUUUGGAAUAGGGUACAAGGCGGAAAACGUCAAUUCCAAGAUAUCAGAUGACCUUGACAAUAAAAAUGGUGGGACAUUUGGGGUCCUGCCAUUUAUAGCGCCUGAAAUAUUGCGCAAUAAACCUUACACAAAAGCCGCAGACAUUUACAGCUUUGGAACAAUAAUGUGGGAACUUGCCCGGUUCGAAAUGCCAUUUGCGAAUCGCGCGCAUGAUGUGGAACUUGCGAUCGACAUAUGUUGUAAUGACUUAACACCUGAGGCGAAAUACCAUUCGAAUGAAGAAAAUGAACAAGUAAUACCUGAGAUUUAUGCAAAAUUGAUUAGAAAAUGUUGGAGUCGCAAUCCCAACGAGAGACCAAGCGCUGAAGAAUUGUACAGGAAACUGGGAGAGUGGUUAUCAAAAGUGAUGUUUGUACCAGGAAGUUACAUAUCGAGACAAUUUAAGGAAGCAGACGAGUUCGAGUCGUAUGCGGAGACAAAGACGCAUCCAGACGCUGUAUAUACAAGCAGGUUUAUUAACUUUAAUAAAUCAUUACAUCAGCAGCGACAACGUAUUCUAUUUACGCGAACUGAUAAAAAGAAAGAACACGAUGAAGUAAAGAGGUAUAUGGCUAACGAGAGUAAGAAAGGCGAGAUUAAGGCACAGAUGGUUGAGGCAGAACGUUCUGAUGUGGCGGCUGAGGUUUACGAAAUCUUGAAUUACUUAUAA